AUGACCAUUGGCAAGUAUCUUGCGACUCGUUUUACUACUCUCGUACCACCGAUGGUUGUACCUGAGAACCCGAUCAAACUUCUUUCCAUGCUAAAUCGACAUCAAACUGCAUUUUUUUUCGUCGCUUUUUUGGCAUGGACAAUGGAUGCACUCGAUUUUUUCUCAGUCACGCUCAAUAUCAUCGAAAUUGCUAAAACCUAUGAUAGAAAGGUGUCGGACAUUACUUGGGGUAUAACUGUAACCCUAAUGCUUCGUUCUAUUGGUGCGAUUAUUUUUGGUAUUGCGGGUGAUCGUUUUGGUCGUAAAUGGCCAUUCAUUGUCAAUAUUAUUUUAUAUUCAACAAUCGAGAUUAUCACGGGUUUCUGUACAACAUUCGUACAAUUCAUUAGUAUCCGAGCUCUGUUUGGUAUAGCUAUGGGUGGUAUCUAUGGCAAUUGUGCCGCUACAGCUCUUGAAGAUGCUCCAGUUGCUGCACGUGGCCUUCUGUCAGGUUUACUGCAACAAGGCUAUGCAUUUGGCUAUCUGCUUGCUGCGGCCCUGAAUUUGGGCAUCACCAAAAAUCAACCUUACGGUUGGCGAGCACUAUUCUGGUUAGCAGGCUUUCUUCCAUUGCUGGUUGCUCUUUGGCGUGUUUUCUUACCUGAAACACAAGCAUUCCUCCGUGUGAAACAAGAGCGUGAAGCUGCUCGACUCGCACAUGGAACUGACAUGCAAGUUUCGGCAGUUCAAGUAUUCAUCAAAUCAAUUCGUCCAACACUUGCUCAUUAUUGGGCAACGCUAAUCUAUCUUGUAUUAAUGAUGGCGGGAUUCAAUUUCUUGGCUCAUGGUUCUCAAGAUUUAUAUCCAACAUUUCUUACUUCUCAGGUCCAAUUCUCACCGGGCUAUGUCACUGCUACUACAAUGAUUUCAAGUUGUGGGGCUCUCGUCGGUGGAACACUAAUUGGAUACUUUUCAAGUUUCUUCGGUCGACGAUUGUCUAUCCUUGCUGUUCUAGUUGUCGGUGCUGCUCUUAUUCCGGCUUAUCUUCUUCCACGAGAUAGGACCAUUAUGAUAGGUGCAUUCUUUGAACAAAUGUGUGUACAAGGUGCUUGGGGCGUCGUACCUAUACAUCUCAUGGAACUCACACCAUCACAAUUUCGUUCAUUUGCGGUCGGUACUUCUUAUCAACUAGGUAAUUUAAUUUCUUCAGCCUCGGCAACUAUCGAAGCUACUGCUGGACAAUAUUUUCCUCUGCCGAACACGAAGACAUCGAGCGAUAAACAUCAAUUUGAUUAUGGAAAAGUGAUGGCUAUUUUCUUAGCUUUUACUUACACAUUUUUGUUCAUCAUCAUUUUACUUGGACCUGAAAAGAGAAAUGCUCAUGACGCUGAAAAGACUGAUACCAAGCAAAGUGCACAACUUCAUGAAACACAACUGAAAUUACUAUCACCAUCCGAAUCAACAGCAAAAUAUGUGACGGAAUAA